UCCAAAACUGGAAAACAACCAAGUGUCCAAGUCCACAGUGCACGUCGGUAUCUUAAGACUUAUUUUAAGUGUUUAAAUCGCCAGAACCUUAACUCCAUGGGGGACGAAGAGGCGACGCGCGUCUGUGGCCGCUGUAAAAAGGAGGUGGCAGAGGCUAACUUUGCCCUGCACGAGUCUCACUGCAGCCGGUUCCUGGUCGUGUGUCCAGACUGUGAGGAGAAUGUUCCACGGUCUGAGCUCCAGCAGCACAAGCAGGAGCAGCACGCACAGGUGAGAUGCACCAAAUGCAAAAAGAAGAUGGAACGGCGCCUCCUUCCUGAACAUCAGGAGGAGGAGUGCCCUGAGCGGGUGGAGCCUUGUACCUUCUGUGAGCUGGAGAUGCCCUGGGCUCAGCUGCAGGAGCACACUGUGGCCUGCGGGAGUCGCACUGAGCUCUGUCCGGACUGCAAGCGCUACGUCAAACUGUCAGACAAAGAAGAGCACAACAGAGCGUGCUCAGAUCAGGACCUGUACAAUGGGCCCCACAGCCCACCCAAAGGAGCCCAGGGGCCAGCCAAAACUACUACAACUACUACAGCACCAAAACUAGACGUGCUGUGUAAAGUCUGCAAGCUGACUUUUCCUGCUGAAGAGAUCAAAAGACAUGAGAUGAGGUGCACUGCUGACUCCAAGCAGAGUUUUGAGGACUCCAGUUCCGAUUCUGAUUCCAAUUCGGAUAGAGAUGCAGGCGCACAUCGCAACCUUCAGCAGAUGAACUUCCUGAUGAGUAAAACAAGGAGAGGCCCUUCCUCCUGGAGAUAUGACGAAGAGGAGGUAGAAGAAGAUCCCAAUGAGCACUCCACCUGCCCACACUGUCAGCUGGUACUGCCCAGGGCCACUCUGCGCUGGCAUAUGGACAAGUGUAAAUUGCACUUACACCUCAAACUCAGAAAGGGCGAUGUCUAAAAUAAAAUGUGUUUUUGUGUUUUCUGUACAUUUUAGGAAGCCGUGUGAUCAAUAAGAAUUUUAUUUUCAUUUGAAGUAAUAAUAGGAUUUUCUGUGUAGCAUGGGCGGAUUGUACACAAGUCAAAUGCUUUCAUGUUACUAUAUGUUUGUUUGUAUAUUUUUGUCCAGUCACAGGGAGGACAUAACUUUUUUAAUGAUACUAAAUGACAUAAUUUUGAUGCCCAAGAUAAUAAAAACGUUAAUAUCACAAUUAGGGAUGUAACAAUAAUCGAAAUAUCGUGAUAUCAUAUCGGCAAGUCUCUCAGUAAUAUCGUGGACCAUCACAACAUAUCGAAUCUCAAGCCUGUUUGCUUAAAUUCAUUGUUAUGGUGCAGCAAUAACUAAAAGAAACAGAGGGAACUACAUAGACCAUGAUCCUUUGCUCUGUUACAGUCCAGUUUACACAAUGAAAUAGCUGUUAUGAGGCUUGUCAAGGCAUUUUUGAAGGAAAAACUAGUAUAUUCACAAUUCGGUUAUCGCAAUAAAUACUGUACUAUGAAAUGCAUAUCGUGAAAAUAUCGUACAGAGAAAUUUGGAUAUUGUUACAUCCUUAUUCACAGUGUAUACCGUACAUACCAUACAAACCAUAGAACACGCCUUAGAAACAACAGAUUGUAAUUUUCAACGUAAAAUAUUUGUAGUUUCUUAAAUACUAGUUCCAGGAAAUGUCAUUCUAUUGGACAUGUUUCUCUUCAGUUUAAAUGCAUUGUUGAAAUUAAUAGUUUUCGAUACUCAUUCUGGUAUCGAGUUUUGGCUUUUUUUUUUUUUUUUUUUUUGACAGCCCUAUAACUGUCUAGCAUUAUAAUUAAAAAUGAUGAUAGUUUAAAGGUGCAUUGUGUAAAUUUUCUGGUGACACCAAACCAGAUCAAGUUACAGUUCAGAUCUGUGGAGAGGCAACCCCGCUCACAGACAAAAUACCAGUUUUUUUGAGCUAUAAAACCACCUGUAAUUGAAUAAAUGUAAGGUAGAGCUGCUUAAUGUCAUACUGUGGAACAUUCCAAGCAGAGAAAUGACAUAUCCAUAGAAACAAGCAGAAAAGUUACACAAUGCAUCUUUAAAGGAUAAUUUAUUUUGACAUAAAGACUGUUUUUAUGAACGAGCUGUAUUACCAGGGGUUUGAAAUUAAGAUUUUUGCAUCUGGUUCUCUGUUAAUAUAUGGUGAAAGCAAGUGGAAAUAAAUCAACAAAAACACAA